AAGGCUGCUACUGAUCGUAUGUCAGCCGACAUGGCUUUUGAGCUCCGCCGACACCAAGCAAAUAUUGCCGUGUUCUCGCUGUGGCCAGGUGCAGUGCAAACAGAGACCAUUCAAGCGCUAAUUGAUUCGAAUGCUGAAAUUGGGUCUAUCUUUGAUGGUUAG